AUGACUACUAUAAACAUACCCUUCAAAACAGUGGCGCCUUCAAAGCCGCACACUCAUACCGUCGUCUUUCUACACGGCCGCGGCGACAACCCCCGCAACUUCGCAGCCUCACUAGCUCACUCUCGCGAUUCGCGCGGCCGCACUCUUGCCGACGCAUUUCCGUCAUUUCGCUGGGUAUUUCCCCAAGCUCCGACACGUAAGUGCGCUAGCUCGCCCGGGACGUGGCCGCAAUGGUUCGACGUGUGGGAUGCCGUAGGGCUCAAGGAAGUUGUGCCUGCCAUUCGCCGCAUCCUGGCUGAUGAGGCCGCGUUGCUCGGGGGCCGCUGGGAUCGCGUGGUGCUGGCGGGCAUCAGCAUGGGCGGUGCGGCGAGCGCGCAUGUCUUGUUCAAUCUGGAUGUGCCCGCGGCAGGGGGAGGGAGGCUUGGGGCCUUUGUUGGAUUCUCAUGCCGAUGCCCGUUUGUCGGUCGUAGCUUAGCCGGGAUUAGAAACGCUCUCGGUUUGGAAGGUGUCCCGGACCACAGCCAUGUCGUACAAAACACGCCCGUGUUGCUCGAGCAUUGCGCCGAUGACCCGCUCGUCCUGGUUCAGAAUGGCCGAGGCUUACGAGAUGUAUUGCUCGCAUUUGGUGCACAGGUUGAAUGGAAAGAAUACCCCAAUGGAGGACACUGGUUUAAUUCGCCGGCUGGGAUGGACGAUGUGGUGGACUUUCUAACCAAGCACCUUGGGGAGGAGAGCUUUGCAGGCAACCCUACACUUUUACGCCAAGCCUCAUCGAACGCGAUGGAUCUAUCAUAA